CAAGCUGGCUGCCUGCUCUCGGGGAGUGUUUCUCAUUUAAACAAACACAGCACGGAAGAUGGCGGAGAGAGGAGUGUAAGGGAAAAGAAGAAAGAAAGAAAAGAGGGAGAAGUGGAGGAGAUAUAUGCACUCGUCGGGAGCGGUGUGUAUCGAUGGUCACGAACUCUGAAGGGCAUGCAGGAGCAAACGUAGUAAUUGUGUGAGUUGGAGGCUCUUCGUUGUCACGUAAAAGACAGUGAAAGGCAGGACGAACUGAGAGAGAAAGAGAGAGGCAUAUGGACACAGUUCAGAGAGGAGAGUGUGUGCAUGAGAGUGAAAGAAAGAACAGUCUGAGAUUCAGUCCAGAACACGGCUCGUGUGUCUGACGCCCUGCUGUGGAGGAAUCGGAGCCCCUUUUCUCCUUCUCUGACACAAGGAUGUGAAGCUGAGUGAAGCAAGAGCCCUUUGUUUAAACAUUGCUGAAGAGGUGCUGAUAUGUAUACAAGAUGAGUGGAGUGGGGGAGAACUCCAUGGAGCCGCUGUGUUCCGAUCGCAAACGCAAACUGUCAACCUGCGACACGCCAGGCCUGGGGUGUGACAAGCGGCGGCGAGAGCAGGAAAGUAAGUACAUUGAGGAGUUAGCUGAGCUCAUCUCUGCUAACCUCAGCGACAUCGACAGCUUCAACGUCAAGCCUGACAAGUGCGCCAUCCUGAAGGAGACAGUGCGCCAGAUUCGGCAGAUUAAAGAGCAAGGUAAAGCCUCAUCCAACGACGAUGAUGUCCAGAAAGCUGACGUAUCCUCCACGGGUCAGGGGGUUAUUGACAAAGAUCAUCUGGGGCCACUUUUACUGCAGGCCCUGGAUGGCUUCCUGUUUGUGGUGAACAGGGAGGGAAGCAUUGUCUUUGUAUCAGAUAACGUUACUCAGUACCUGCAGUACAAACAAGAGGAGCUCAUCAACACCAGCGUCUACAACAUCCUCCACGAGGAGGACCGCGAGGAAUUCCACAAGAACCUGCCCAGGAACAAUGUGAACGGCGUGUCGUGGGGGGGUGAAGCUCCUCGGCAGAAGAGCCACACUUUUAACUGCCGGAUGCUGGUGAAGUUUGGCCAUGGCCCCGGACCCACCGACGAGGCUCCUGGGGGCCCGCGCUAUGAGACCAUGCAGUGUUUCGCCCUCACACAACCCAAAGCCAUGAUGGAGGAGGGUGAAGACCUGCAGUCGUGUAUGAUCUGCGUGGCGCGGCGUGUGACUGCUGUGGAGAGGACCGAGAGUUUCAACACCAGACAUGAGCUCUCAGGCAAGCUGAUCCAGAUAGACCAGAAUUCCCUGCGUGCCUCCAUGCGUCCUGGCUGGGAGGACCUGCUGAGACGUUGUAUUCAGAUGUUUCUCCAGCACAGUGAUGGACAGCCCUGGUCCCAUAAACGCCACUACCAUGAGGCCUUUCUCCAGGGUCAUGCAGAGACCCCAGUGUACAGAUUUUCUUUGUCAGAUGGCACCCCGGUCUCAGCACAGACCAAAAGCAAGCUCUACCGCCACCCAAUGACCAAUGAGCCCCAGGGUUUCGUAUCUACUCAUCUGCUACAGAGGGAGCCCAAUGGAUGCCGCACCAACCAAAGCGGUGGCAUGAUGCAGGGUGGCAUGAGGCAGCAGGCUAUGGGGGGCGCCAACCCCAAUGCCCCAAUGAAUAUGGGUCCGGGAGGGGGUAUGGGUAUGGGUGGCAUGGGAGGCAUGGGCAUGAACCGGGGUUAUGGAAUGAACGACAUGGGGCACAUGGGUCACAUGGGCGGCGGGUCCAUGUAUGGGGGCAACGGAGGCAACAUGGGCAGCAUGGGUAACAUGGGCAAUCGAAUGAUGCAGAUGAAUCAGAUGAACCAGAUGAAUCAAAUGAACCAGAUGAAUCAGAUUAAUCAGAUGAACCAGAUGAAUCAGAUGAGCCAGAUGAAUCAAAUGAACCAGAUGGGUCCAAUGAAUACAAUGAAUCACUCUGGUCCUGGGAUGCAGCAGCAGCAGCACCACCAGCAGCCACCCUUUCAGGCCACUGGUGGCUACGGGCUCGGAGGCAUGAACAGCCCUUCACAAGGCAGCCCUGGUAUGAAUGGACCUCAGCAGAGUCUCCUCAUGUCUCCUCGGAACAGAGGAAGCCCCAAAAUGCCCUCCAACCAGUUCUCCCCAGGAGGCAUGCAUUCUCCUAUGGGUCCUAGCAGUGUGGGAGGAGGAGGAGGAGGUGGUAGCUCCUUCUCCAGCAGCUCCCUUAACGCUCUCCAGGCCAUCAGCGAAGGAGUGGGCGCCUCUCUUCCCUCCACCCUCACAUCCCCUUCCCCGGCCCACAAACCUGACAGCUCCCCCAGCAUCCACUCCUCUUCCUCCCAGCCCAGCGGACCCUGUAAGCCAGGACACGGGGACUCCAAGAGCCCAGCGGGGGCUUUCGGAAUGGGGGCUGGAGAUCAGCAUCACCCCCUGCACCACCACCAUCAUCACAACCUCCCCCAUCAGGCCGAAAGCAGCAGCGGAGAGCGACCAGACAGCCAAGCAGGUCCAGGGAGCAAAGAAUCUGGGGAGGGAAGCAAUGAAGCUGGGAAUGCUUCAUCGGAGCCUCCACGGAGGGUUCCAGAUAGCAAAGGCCACAAAAAACUGCUUCAGCUCCUUACUUCACCCACUGAGGAGCUUGGAUUAGGUGUAGGAAGUGGACCUCCUGGACCUUCUGGACCUUCAACGGCAUCAAGUGGUCCAAGCGGCUCCAUGGGCCUGGAGGGUAAAGAGCCAAGUUGUGUCACAAGUCCAUCCUCAACUGGAGUCUCAUCCUCCACCAAUCAGAACCAAGCUCACGGAGCAGGAGUGGCAUCUGGAGCUCUAGGCUCCGCAUCCCACUACACGGCAUCCCUGCAAGAGAAGCACAAGAUCCUUCACAAGUUGCUCCAGAACGGAAACACGCCCGACGAGGUGGCCAAAAUUACCGCUGAAGCCACAGGGAAGGUGACUCUGGGUCAGGAGGCAGGAGGAGAGACAGCAGGCACCAACACAGGCGCAGGAGGAGGCGCGGGAGCAUCCAGCGGAGGUGCAGGGGCUCCAGAGCCUAAGCAAGAGCAGCACAGCCCCAAGGAGAAGAAAACCCAUGCCCUGCUCCACUACCUCCUCAACAAGGAUGACUCCAAAGAGCCUGCUGACAUCAAGCCAAAGCCUGAAGACCUUGAAGGAAAAGGGGGAAAUAAUGGCACCCCACUGAGUAGAGCAGCCCAGGAGAACAUGGAGAGCAAGAUCAAGCCUGAACCUCCUGAUGAGCUGGACACUAUUCUGGGAGGCCUAAGAGGUCCUGGUGCAGAUUUCCCAGAACAGGGAGAUGGUGGUUCUGCAGAUGGAGGGAACAAGCUCCAUUCAUUCCCUGAUGAUGGAACAAGGAAUCCUGGGGUGGGCUCGGGCUGCCGGGCGCAGUUACAGAAGGCCUUGUCGGUGGACUCGAAGCUGCCCGCUGGAGCGGGGCAAGCCGACCGCCGCAGUGGCCCAUGCCCCAUGCCCAUUAAACAGGAGAGCUUGGAUGGCCAGCGCAUGAUGGCAGGGUCCGACACUUGCCACAGCAACAUGGGAAUGAUGAGCAGAGGUAUGGGGGUUCCAGAGCGAUCUCCCAUGGGAGGUCCCGGUGAAUGGGGGAUGCCACGCUCAAGUGCCAGUCCUGUGGGUGCUGCUGGACACCCCUCAAUGAUGCGGCCUGGAAUGGACUCCUACAGCUCCAAGGGCAUGAUGGGUGGACCCAUGGUCAACCGGUCUAACAGCGUCCCUGGCACCAGGUCCAUGCUGCAACAGCAACUAAUGGACAUGGGAUCUAAUGAUAUGAAUAUGGGCAUGGGCCCUUUUGGCCAGCAGCAGUGUCCAGACAGUCAGUCUCCCUCCUGGCCAGAUAAUGUUAUGGGAAUGGAGAACAGCAGGCGUCAGUUUGGUAAUGCUCUGGAUGAGCUGCUGGUGCCUCCCUCCACCUCUGAGGGUCAGAGUGAUGAGAGAGCGCUGUUAGACCAGCUGGACUCUUUGCUCAACAACACGGAUGUAAUGGCUCUGGAGGAGAUUGACCGCGCCCUGGGCAUCCCCGACCUCAUCAGCCAGGGUCAGGGCAGUGAUCUGCAGCCAGAACCUUUCCCCGGGCAGGAUCCCUCUAUGGUGAUGGAGCAGAAGCCUAUGUACUCUCAGGGUUACCCUGGACCCCCCUCCAUGCCCAUGCCUUCAGGCUAUGGGGGGAACCCCAUGCAGGGCCAGCCGCCACCCGGGAGCUACAACCCAAUGCUGAACCAGAUGGGGCAGCAGGGAGGCUUCCCAGGAAUGGGGGGCAUGGGGCCGAUGGGGGGAAUGGGGCACCCCCGCCCCGGAAUGAUGAGGCCGCGGAUGAUGAGUGCCACCAAACCCACCAGACUACAGCUGCAGCAGAGGCUCCAAGGACAACAGUUUAUGAGCCAGGCUCGGCAGGGUAUGGGGAUCAAGAUGGAGAAUCCUGGAGGAGGAAACCCUGGCAUGCGGCCUGGAAUGCAGCCAGGAAUGGCAGGGCAGCCUGGUUUCCUGAAUGCUCAGAUGAUGGCUCAGCGAAGCAGGGAGAUGGUGACGAUGCAGAUGCGGAGGCACAGGAUGAUGAUGAUGAUGCAGCAGCAACAACAGGCAGCGGCCGGAGGAUUCAGCCCACCGCCCAAUGUCACAGCUCCCACAGGCAUGGAAGGGGGCAUGGGGGGUCCUGGCAUGGGUCAGCCUGGCCAGCAACAGUUUGGCUAUGGAAGCUAUGGGAUGGGUCAGCAGGGAGACCCCUCGUUUGCCCCUGCAGGAGGCAGCCCUCCUAACGCCAUGAUGCCUGGCCGCCUGGGGCCUCCGCAAAACCCAAUGAUGCAGCAGCAUCCUCAGGGGGGUCCCAUGUACCAGACCCCUGACAUGAAGGGCUGGCCUCAGGGAGGAAUGGGCCGCAACAGUUCAUACCCGCAGCAGCCGUUUGGUCAGCAAGGCUCCGGUCAGUACCCACCAAUGAUGAUGAAUGGAGGCAUGGGUGGAGGAGGAGGAGCCAACCCCGGUCACAUGGGUCAGAUGAACAUGGGCAUGAUGGGUAGAAUGCCUAUGGGCCCAGAGCAGAAAUAUAUGUGAAGAGGAGCAACAGCCACUUCUGAGGAAUGAGGACACUGUGAUGCCUAAGAGAGAGACACACGCAAAGCUAUGUGGCUCUCACUUCAAGGAAAAUGGCCAGAUUUCACACACAAAUACACAUAUACCCACACUUAAACACAUACAGUACUGUGCAAAAGUCUGAGACCAUCCUUCAUCUUUUUAAUUUUCAGUGAAAGUAUCUUUUUUGUGAUUAGAGAUUAGAUAAAAGAUAAUCCACAUAAGGAAGGAGAAAGUCAAAGGAAAUAAGUGGAAAAACAGGAGUUCACAAAAUGAUUAAAAACUGCAGAGAA